AUGGCCGUGGGCACCCAGCUGGGGCUGCUGCUCUGGAAGAACCUCGUCCACCGCCGGCGGCAGCGGGUGCAGCUGGCCAUCGAGCUCCUGUGGCCCCUGUUCCUCUUCGUCAUCCUGAUCGCGGUGCGGCAGUCCCACCCGCCCUUCCAGCAGCACCAGUGCCACUUCCCCAACAAGGCGCUGCCCUCGGCGGGGACGCUGCCCUGGCUCCAGGGCAUCAUCUGCAACGUGAACAACCCCUGCUUCCAGCACCCCACGCCCGGGGAGGCCCCCGGCGUGGUGGGCAACUUCAACGGCUCCAUCCUCUCCCGCCUGCUCGCCGAGGCCCGCCGGGUCGUGCUCCAUGCCGAGAGGCAGCAGCUCCUGCAGCGCUUUGCCCAGCUCCUGCCCGCACUGCAGGGUCUGGGGGCGCUGAGCCCGGCCCCCCCGGCCCGGCCGCUGCGGGACUUCCUAAGGGAGGACGAGACCUUGGCGCACUUCCUCCGCACCAACGCGUCCCUGCCGCCCGCGCUGGUGGAGGAGCUGCUGGGGGCUCGGCUCAACCCGCGCGCUGAGAGGCUGAGCUCGGAGGCAGACGGCGCCGUGGGAGCCCUGGGUCCCUUCCUGCAGGGCGCUGAGUCCCUGCUGCGGGAGGUCUCCUCCAUGGGCAGCGCGGCCGAGCUGCGGCACGAGGUCAGGGCGCUGCGGGCCACCGGCGCCUCGGGCACCUUCGGGGCGCUGUCACGCAUCGCCUGCGGGCACCCCGAGGGCGGCGGGCUCAGGGUCCCCUCCCUCAACUGGUACGAGGACAACGACGUCAAGGCCUUCCUGGACCGCGGCGGCUCCGAGCAGGGCGCGGGGGCCCCGGACAAUGGCAGCAGUCCCUUCUGCAGGGAGCUGAUCCGCAGCCUGGAGGCCACCCCGCUGUCGCAGCUCUUCUGGCGGGGCAUCAAGCCCCUCUUUGUGGGCAAGAUCCUGUACACGCCGCCCGGCCCCGCCACCGACAGCAUCAUGGCCGAGGUGAACCGCACCUUCCAGGAGCUGGUGGCGCUGCGGGAUGCAGCGGGCGCCUGGCGGGAGCUGGGACCCCACAUCCGCGCCUUCCUCAACAGCAGCCUGGAGCUGCAGGUCCUGCGGGAGCUGCUGCUGGCACCGGGGACGGCCCCGCUUGUGGAUGGGAUCCUCAAUGGCACCUCCUGGACCGCAUCGGCGCUGGCCCGGCUCCUGGCGGGGCCGGCGGCGGGGCCGGGGCUCAGCUGGCACCAGGUGCUGGAUGAAGCUGACCAGGUUGUGGGCACGCUGUUGCAGUUCCUGGAGUGCGUCCGCGUGGACAAGAUCGAGGCGGUGGCCACCGAGGAGCAGCUGGUGGCCCGCGCCCUGGAGCUGCUGGAGGAGAGGCAGUUCUGGGCCGCCGUCGUCUUCCAGCCCCCCCUGAGCACCUUGGCCACGGCGCUGCCCCCCCACGUGCGCUACAAGAUCCGCAUGGACAUCGACGAUGUCACCAGGACCAACAAGAUCAAGGACAGGUUUUGGGACCCCGGCCCCGCAGCCGACCCCUUCAGCGACCUGCGCUACGUCUGGGGCGGCUUCGUCUACGUCCAGGACCUGGUGGAGCAGGCGGUGGUGCGGGCGCAGACCGGGGCCGCCCCGCGGACGGGGGUCUACGUGCAGCAGAUGCCCUACCCCUGCUACGUGGACGACGUGUUCCUGCGGGUGCUGAACCGCUCGCUGCCCCUCUUCAUGACGCUGGCCUGGAUCUACUCCGUGGCCAUGAUCAUCAAGGGGGUGGUGCACGAGAAGGAGGCGCGACUCAAGGAGACCAUGAAGGCCAUGGGGCUGAGCAGCGGGAUCCUCUGGCUCAGCUGGUUCCUCAGCAGCUUCAUCCCCUUCCUCCUCAGCUCUGCCUUCCUCGUCCUCAUCCUCAAGCUGGGAAACAUCCUGCCCUACAGCGACCCAGCUGUCAUCUUCCUCUUCCUCGGCACCUUCUCGGUGGCCACCAUCUGCCAGUGCUUCCUCAUCAGCACCUUCUUCCUCCGCGCCAACCUGGCCUUGGCCUGCGGCGGCAUCAUCUACUUCUCCCUCUACCUGCCCUACGUGCUGUGCGUGGCCUGGCGCGACCACGUCACCUUCCCGCUCCGCGUCCUCGUGAGCCUGCUGUCACCCGUGGCCUUUGGCUUUGGCUGCGAGUACUUCUCGCUGUACGAGGAGCAGGGGGUGGGCAUCCAGUGGCACAACCUGGGCGUCAGCCCGGUGCCAGGAGACCCCUACAGCUUUGCCACGGCCAUGGGGCUGCUGCUGCUGGACGCCGGCCUCUACGGGCUGGCCACCUGGUACAUCGAGGGUGUCUUCCCCGGUCAGUACGGGGUCCCCAAGCCAUGGAAUUUCCCCUUCCUGAAGAGCUACUGGUUUGGAGAGCCGCCCUCGGCUGGGCACCCCCCGUUUCCCACCGAUCCCCUCACUGCACCCCAAGUGCUGGUGGAGGAGCCGCCUGCCCAGCUCCAGCCCGGGGUCUCCAUCCGCAACCUGGUGAAGAUUUACCGCAGCAGCAACCACGUGGCCGUCAACGGGCUGAGCCUGGACUUCUACGAGGGCCAGAUCACCUCCUUCCUGGGCCACAACGGGGCUGGCAAGACCACCACCAUGUCCAUCCUGACCGGCCUCCUGCCCCCCACCUCCGGCACUGCCUAUGUCCUGGGCUGGGACAUCCGCUGCGACAUCGACAGCAUCCGCAAAACCAUGGGGACGUGCCCGCAGCACAACGUGCUCUUUGACAUCCUGACGGUGGAGGAGCACAUCUGGUUCUACGGGCGGCUGAAGGGGCUGGCGGAGGAGCAGGUGAAGGCGGAGAUGGAGCAGCUGCUGCGGGACACGGGGCUGCCCCACAAGCGCCGUGAGCAGACCAGGAACCUCUCGGGCGGGAUGCAGCGGAAGCUCUCGGUGGCCAUCGCCUUCGUGGGUGGCUCCAGGGUGGUGGUCCUGGAUGAGCCCACGGCCGGCGUCGACCCCUACUCCCGCCGCAGCAUCUGGGAGCUGCUGCUCAAGUACCGCAAGGGCCGCACCAUUAUCCUCUCCACGCACUACAUGGACGAGGCGGAGCUGCUGGGAGACCGCAUCGCCAUCAUCGCGCAGGGCCGGCUCCGCUGCUGCGGGUCCCCGCUCUUCCUCAAGGCCAGGCUGGGCACCGGCUACUACCUCACCCUGGUGAAGCGGGAGCGGGCUGAGCCCGGUAGCAGCACCCCCAGCGCCCCCAAAAAGCGCAGCAGUGACACCGGGCUGGGCAGCGAGCAGGACAGCGAGGCCAGCACCGUGGAUGUGCCCCAGCUCUCGGCGCUGAUCCAGAAGCUGGUUCUCGGCUCCCGGCUGGUGGAAGACAUCGGGCACGAGGUGCUCUUUGUGCUACCCUACAGCGGGGCCAAGGAUGGGGCCUUUGGGGAGCUCUUCCAGGAGCUGGAUGCCCGCCUGGGCGAGCUGGGCAUCUCUGGCUACGGCAUCUCAGACACCACGCUGGAGGAGAUCUUUCUGAAGGUGGCCGAGGACACCGAGGUGGAUGGUGACAGGACAGGUAAGGCGCGCACCAGAACAUCACGGCCAGGGAGAGCAGCAGCCAGCAGCGAGGAGGGGGACAGCAGAACGGCCGAUGGGGAGCUGGCCCAAGGAGCCCGGAGAGCGGAGGAGCCGCAGGAGACGGACCUGCUGCGCGGCGCGGCCGAGGGCGACCGCCGGCUGCGGGGCUGGGCGCUCACCCGCCAGCAGCUCCGCGCCCUCUUCAUCAAGCGGCUGCUCCACGCCCGACGCAGCACCCGGGGAUUCUUCGCGCAGAUCGUCCUGCCCGCUGUCUUCAUCUGCAUCGCGCUGCUCUUCAGCCUCAUCGUGCCGCCCUUCGGGAAGUACCCACCGCUGCGCCUCGAGCCCUGGAUGUACGGGCACCAGUUCACCUUCUUCAGCGAUGACGCCCCAGGGGACCCCGACACGGCUCAGCUGCUGGGCGCCCUCCUGGCCGAGCCGGGCUUCGGCACCAAGUGCAUGAAGGAGGCAGCAGAGGCGACGGGGCCGUGCCCACCAGCGUCCCACCCCGACGGCUUCUGGCAGCCCCCGGCCCCCCCGGCCGUGCUGGAAGUGCUGCAGCGUGGGAACUGGACGUGGGCUGAGCCGUCCCCCCCGUGCCAGUGCAGCGGACCGGGGGCGCGCAGGAUGCUGCCCGAGUGCCCCCCUGCAGCUGGAGGGCUCCCACCGCCACAGGUGCAGAGGGGCACGGGUGACAUCCUGCUGAACCUGACGGGCAGGAACAUCUCCGACUACCUGGUGAAAACGUACCCCCAGGUCAUCCGCCAAGGGCUAAAAACCAAGAAGUGGGUGAAUGAGCAGAGGUACGGCGGCUUUUCCCUGGGCGCUGGCAGCUCCCAGCUCCUGCCGUCGGCAGAGGAGGUGGACAGGGCGGUGCAGGAGCUGCGGGCACUCUUCAACAUCACCCAGGGCAGCCCUGCGGACCGGCUCCUGGGCAACCUGAGCCGCUUCUUCGAGGGCUUGGACGCUCGCAGGAACAUCAAGGUCUGGUUCAACAACAAGGGCUGGCACGCCAUGGUCUCCUUCCUCAACGUGGCCAGCAACGCGCUGCUGCGGGCACGGCUGCCCGCGGGUGCCGACCCCGCGCUCUACGGCAUCACGGCCACCAACCACCCCCUCAACCUCACCAAGGAGCAGCUCUCGGAGGCCGCCCUGAUGGCCACCUCGGUGGAUGUGCUGGUCUCCAUCUGCGUGAUCUUCGCCAUGUCCUUCGUGCCGGCCAGCUUCGUGCUCUUCCUCAUCGAGGAGCGGGUCAGCAAGGCCAAGCACCUGCAGUUCGUCAGCGGGAUGAAGCCCGUCACCUACUGGCUGGGCAACUUCGCCUGGGACAUGUGCAACUACCUGGUCCCCGCGCUGCUGGUCGUCCUCAUCUUCCUCUGCUUCCAGCAGAAGGCCUACGUGUCCUCAGCCAACCUGCCCUCCCUGGUCCUGCUGCUGCUGCUCUACGGCUGGUCCAUCACCCCCCUGAUGUACCCGGCCUCCUUCCUCUUCGGCAUCCCCAGCACUGCCUACGUGGCCCUGACGUGCAUCAACCUCUUCAUCGGCAUCAACGGCAGCGUGGCCACCUUCGUGCUGGAGCUCUUUGUGGACCAAAAGCUCAACGACAUCAACCGCAUCCUGAAGAAGGUUUUCCUUGUCUUCCCCCACUUCUGCCUGGGCCGAGGCCUCAUCGACAUGGUGAAGAACCAGGCCAUGGCCGAUGCCUUCGAGAGGUUCGGGGACAAGCGCUUCGUGUCCCCCCUGUCCUGGGACCUGGCAGGGAAGAACAUGUUUGCCAUGGCUGUUGAGGGCGUCAUCUUCUUCCUCUUCACCCUGCUGCUGCAAUACCGCUUCUUCCUGCGGCUCAGGCCCCGGGCUCUGCAGCUGCCCCCGCUGGGGGACGAGGACCAGGACGUGGCCCAGGAGCGGGUGAGGGUGGGCAGUUCCCCGCGGCACGGCGACGUCCUGCUGCUGAAGGACCUGACGAAGGUGUACCAGCACCGGCGGGCUCCAGCGGUGGACCGGCUGUGCCUGGCCAUCCCGGCCGGGGAGUGCUUCGGCCUCCUGGGGGUGAACGGCGCCGGGAAGACGUCCACCUUCAAGAUGCUGACGGGGGACACGGAGGUGACGCUGGGGGAGGCCUGGCUGAAAGGGCACAGCGUGCUCACCGACCUGCAGUCCGUCCAUCAGAACAUGGGCUACUGCCCGCAGUUCGACGCCAUCACGGACCUGCUCACGGGGCGGGAGCACCUGGAGUUCUACAGCCGCCUGCGUGGCGUGCCGGAGGAGGAGAUCCCCAGGGUGGCUCAGUGGGGCAUCGCCAAGCUGGGGCUGGAGCCACACGCGGACCGGCCGGCGGGCAAAUUCAGCGGGGGCAACAAGCGCAAGCUCUCCACAGCUAUCGCCCUCAUCGGCUGCCCCCCCAUCAUCUUCCUGGAUGAGCCCACAACAGGGAUGGACCCGGGCGCCCGGCGGUUCUUGUGGGACUGCAUCCUCAGCCUGGUCAAGGAGGGCAGGUCCGUGGUGCUCACGUCCCACAGCAUGGAGGAAUGCGAGGCCCUGUGCACCAGGAUGGCCAUCAUGGUCAACGGCCGCUUCCGCUGCCUGGGCAGCAUCCAGCACCUCAAGAACAGGUUUGGGGACGGCUACACGGUGGUGGUGCGGGUGGGAGGCCCCGGGGCCGCGCUGGGGCCGGUGGAGGGCCUGAUGCAGCGCUGCCUGCCAGGUGCGGUGCUGCAGGAGCGGCACGGCGGCACGCUGCACUACCGCCUGCCCUCCCGCUCCUGCUCCCUGGCCAGCGUCUUCAGCGUCCUGGCGGCCCACCGAGGCCCCUGCCACAUCGAGGACUACUCCGUGUCCCAGACCACCCUCGACCAGGUCUUCGUGCGCUUUGCCAGGGAGCAGGGCGAUGGGGACCCCGAGGGGAAUGAGGACCCCAGGCAGGAUGCGGCCGCGGUGCCCGGGAUGGGGCUGACGGCGUUCCUGGAGGACAACGGCUACCGGGAGAGCGCGGUCUGA